AUGGCGGGUUUGUCGCGAAGAUUCUUGCAGAAUCCGUGUUUUCUUCUUUAUUCGAUGCAAAGAAGACUUGUGACCAAAGUAGCGUCCGAUCAAGAGGCAAAAAUGGACAAGAAGAGCAAGAGAAUGGAAAGCAGGAAGAAAAUGUAUGAAUGGAUCUUUUAAUUCAAAGAGAAAAUUACAACAUUAGGCUGGGAAUCGUCUCCUUCGAAUAUUGAAAUAUACUAUGUUCAUUUUAGAUUCAAAGAUAUCCGCAAGGGCUACUUUUACGACUUCCAUGGUGAGAAACAUAUUCAUUUGGCUAAAAAAGUAUUAGUUUCUCAUUAUAUUCGUUGCUAUCGGAAAUGAUGACUUUGGUAGCAAGAAGUUAUGCCAGUUGGCACCUAAAUUGCAAAUCGAAGCAACAGUUUAUGCAUGUAGGAUGUUCAUGUAUUAAAUUAAGCGUUUUCUACUUCUUCUGUUCAGAAUUUCGUAAGCGCGGUGGAAAGCGAUUCUUUGCUUUUAGUGAGCCUAGUGAAUUGAAGGUAAGUUAACUAUUACAUACCUUUUUGGUGGAUCUGAUUGUUAAUUCUCCCCUCUAGCUGCGAUGAAUUUCCUUGUAAACUGGUUAUGAGAAUUUGGUGUUAGAUCAAGAUAACAACUUCAACCUUAUAGUUUUGAGUAUUCUCAUCACCAGUUUGCUGAAUAAUUUCAGUUGAUAUCAAUUAAUUAAUCUUUUUUACUUGUUGUUUAUUAAUCAAUUAACUGUUAGAAAGGAAUGGAUUUUUAGAAACUUGAACUUUUAGACUACACCUUUUAGAGACAGGAGCUGUGCAGAAAAGGGGGGGGGGGGCUUGUUCAAGAAGGGGGUUUUAAGAAAGGGGGAUUUACAAGAGAGGGAAACUUUUUUUUUAUUUUUUUUUAGAGAGGGAAACAUAUCAGAGAGGGAGGGAACUUGUCAGAGAGGGAAAAUUACCAGAGAAGGAGACUGAUCAGAGAGGGGGCUCAUCAGCAAGGGAAUUUAUCAGAGAGGGAGGGCGUAACAGAGAGGGGAUGUUUAGAGAGGGGGUUUCUAAGAAAGGGUAAAUUAUCAGAGAGGGAGAUGGAUCAGAGAGGGGGGGAGGUUGUUAGAGAGAGGGGCUUAUUAGAGAGGGGGACUUAUUAAAGAGAGAUUUAUUAAGGAGGGGACUCAUUAGAGGGGGGUUCAUUAGAGAGGGGGCUUAUUAUAGAGGGCUCUGUAAGAGAGUGAUCCUAUGAUCCUAUGGAGACAGGAGGCUUAAUGGAGCAUGUACAUCAAUAAAAAUGAUCAUAACUUUAUACUUGUGCUGUAUUUUAAACUGGUAGGAUUCACAACUCUUUCCUGCAUUGAAGGCAAGAACACUGUCUCAGAAAGAAGUUGAUUUACAGCAAGAAUUUCCAGGUCAUGUAACACUGGUGUUACUGUGGAUCAAAGCGUAUGGAGAGGUAUGGUUAGAAUCCUUUGCUUCCUUAACAUGCCACAAAUCCCAAAAAAUUAUUUUUCUACAAAAUACAUCUCCUUAUCUUACUGAUAACAAAUUUAAAAAAAUUGAUGUUGCAUCUAUUUUAGUAAUUUUUUAAAAUUAAUUUUUGAAGAUCCAUUUAAAGUUUAGCUCUGACCAGGAUAUCUUUAAAUGACUUUCCUUUUUCAAUACCAUAACAAGGCUAGCUCCUUAAAUUUAACUCUUGAGCAUGUUAGGCUUUGAAUAAGGUGCCAUUUCUCAACUAUAAUUUCUCUGUAUUCUUUAGGUUAAGGUAAAACCUAUUGUGUUAGGAAAGGCAAUAUUUUCUUCUGUGUGCUAUUUUCUCUGUUUUUAAUUGAACUUCCUCUCCCAGUAAAAUAAACUUGAGAGAUGUCUUUGUGCAAAAUUUCAACUGGGUAUCGUUUGUUCCUCAAGCAUGAGAAAUGUGUUCUCAGGAAGUGUGGAAAUUCUCCCAUUCUCCCAAUCCCUUCUUUCCUGGUCAUUCCUGUCAUCCUGGAGGAUGACAUGAACCAAAAUUCAUGUAUUGGAAGGUCUCUGUCUCUUUGUAAUGCAUUUGUACAUCAAGGGUCUAUCUUGGCUAAGGUUUUCAUUGCAACUGUGUAGUGUGGUUCCCAGGAAGAUGUAAAAACCUCCUCUGAUCCAGGUUCCAAGAAAGGCAGUUGUGAAUGUAAAAAAAUUGAGCUUUAAUUAACUACUUGUAGAAUUGUGAGGUUUAAUUCAAUUGCAAUAAUUCUUUCAUUGUGAUGAUUAGUUAAACAAGGAAAUUUCAAUUAUCAAAAAAAAAAACACUGUUUGGUGGUUAGUGGCUCCAAAAUAAAAUACAAUUUACUUGUGUGAAAAUGAACAGUUGUAUCACAGUUUGAAUUCUUACGCAGUCUAUGUGUGACAAAUACAGACUCCCAUUUGUGAAACACUUUCAUGGAGAGCCUCUCGCACAGUACUAUGAGGUAAGCAUCUUGUGAGUAAAUUUUUAAAGAUGUUGUAAAGCUGGUAGAAUUGGAUUAAGAGCUCUGACAUUGGUAUUAUCAAAUAGGACCACUGUUUUGCAGUUGUUCAAUUUUUUAAAUAUGAAUGUGAAUACAGACAGAAUUAGACAAUGUGAAGUCCAUUUUGCUGUAACAAAAUUUUAAGAAACAAACUGACUAUUAGAGAAAGAUUAUCAUAAAAAAAAAUUUAUUAACUGGUGGAAAAAGGUAGUGAAAACUCGCUCACAACACAUGCUGGUAAAUUACACAGGCAUGAUGUUUACACUUUCUAGUCACAAGCAUAACCUGUACACAGUCCUAUUGGUGUUCAAAUUGGGCUGGUAACAACUAAUCAUGUUCAAUAAUUUUAUUACAGUUUUGAUUAGCCAAGAAAGAUGGGAUUAGCUAUUGUGUUCUUGACUGUGUAUAUGUUGUAUAAAUGAUGCGGAAAAACUUCAUGAUCGCUUAGUACUUUGUCAGUUUGCUAUAGUUUAGGUGCAUGAACAUGAUGUAAUUUAUUCAAUUUUUUUUUGCAGAUAAGUGCUUUAGAUGGUUUUUUCUUCAAAGCAUUUAAAGGAGUAAUUGAAAAAAAUUUAAGGAAAGAAAGGCCUGCAGACAGACAUGUAAGAUUUGUAAAAGUUAAAUUUUUUUUAUCUAAUAUAUAAACAUACUGUCAGUAUUACCUUGAAUAAUGACAGCGCUCCAAGCUGCAAUCAUUUUGCUUGCCAUGGUGAGUGAAAAAUAUAAUUAUAUGGUGACUAAAAUUUCAACAAAAAAAGCCAAUUGGCAACCAUAGAUUAAAAAAAAAGAAAUUAAAAGAAAAAUGUGAAAUAUUUGUCAAUCCAUGGUUAAUUUUUGUGUGUAUUGCCACCUAUAGGAAGGGGGUAAAGGCAAUCAAUUUUUUUUGUUUUUUUGUUUUGUGACCAUUUUACUAUUAAAGGUGCCAAAAGGCAAUUUUAUGAAAAAAUGAGCCUGGACCAUGAAGUGCCUGGAUGCUUAAUAUGUAAAAUUUUGGCUAAAAGGUUGGGAGCUCAUCAGGAGGAGGGUGCUUAAUCAAGUGGGACAUAUAUUAUUGUAAUCCUGUGCUAAUUCUGCUGUAGUUGAAGCUUACAAAGUUACAAAUAAAGAGGCAGUAGAAACAGGUUUCUCUUGUAUCUACUAUUAAGAAAGUGAGGGAGGAGGGUGCUAAUUUCAGAGGGGUGCUUGUUUAACUUUGUGGCCCAAGGGGUGUUGGGCACUUAUUCAGAGGAGGGUGCUCAUUUGAGGAAACAUGGUACAGUCAAACCUGUAUUGAGCAGCCUUAAGCAAUCACCCUCUCCCAAAAUCAAAGUAAGUAUUUUUUCGAAAGUAAUUCUGUACAGUAAGUGGUUGAUUAUGGCAUACAGCAGUGUUGUUUAUCAUUUUUUUAUAAUACCUCUAAUCUGUGGAACAUGUAUUAAGCAGUCAAACUGUAUUAAGUGGUCACCUGCUAUUCCCUUUGGGUGACCACUCACCACAGGUUUGAUUGUGUAUACUUUUGAAAAAAAAGCUCUAAAUUAUGUUCAAGGUAUUUUGAUUAACCUUUUUUUUUUUCACUUCAUUUUAACAGGAUAACUACCUCUUCUUUAGCGGUAACUUAAAGCCCAUCAAGAAGAAAAUCAUGGAGAAUGAAAUUGUGGGACAUGCUUAUCUUGUAGACCGUAAUGGGUUAAUAAGAUGGAAGGCGCAUGCUAAUCCUGCUGAGUUGGAAAUCAAUCACAUGUUGGACUGUUCACAACUGUUACUUAAAGAGGCAAAAAGAACUCUUGACUCUGAAGAGAAAGUUCCCUGGAAUAGCAGAUGAUAAAUUUUGUGAUAAUGAUGCUAGUUUUUAUUCGAUGUAAGGAGCAGCUUGGUUUUCAGCCCACAUGUAUGAACAUAAUUGAGAGCAAGAUAUAAAUGAAUUUUUUAUUUUCCACAAGUUAUGAUACAUUUUGUGUUGAACUUACUAAAGAAAUGUAAAUUUAAAGCCAAGCCAU